ACAAAAUAAAAACAUUCAAAAGCAAAUGAAUUAGUAUAUUUUAGCAGUUUAAAGAAUAUUUCCGGAUAUUAUCAUGAGGCUCACAGUCAGCUGUUUGCACUCGCACCUUGUCAGGAAAAGAUUUAGCCUGCAAAUGUUAGUAAGGUAUCGUUAUCAGAUUGCAGUGGACCGCAGUUUUCUCGUGUAAAUUCCAUAAGUGACAUUUUGUAGUUUACUUUGCAGUGUUGUCCACUAAAAAAGAAUGAUGAUAGUGAGUAAGUUUUGUGAACGAGCAUUUUCAAGAAUGGUGCUCUGCUGGUCCUCACCAGCCUCAACACAACAUAGGCGGCGUUUUUCUGUGUCGAUGAAGUCAAAAACAGAACAAGGGAAGAAGCUUUUCACCCCCGGCCCACUAGGAACAUCAAUGACUGUCAGAGAAGCUGCACUCCCAGACCUUGGUUCUAGAGAUGUCGUGUUCAUAGAAAAGGUGAAAUACCUGCGCUCCAGACUUGUCCAGAUUGCUGGUGUCAAUGAGGAAGACUAUACCACUGUUCCAAUCCAGGGGAGUGGAACAUUUGCUGUGGAAGCUGUUAUUCAAACAGCUGUCCCCCGUAAGGGUGGCAAGGUAUUAUUACUAGAGAAUGGAGCGUACGGUAAGAGGAUUGUCAAAAUGUGUGAGUACCUGGACGUACCGUACCACCAGGAGAGCUUUCCUGAGGACCAGAAAGUGGAUGUGAACAGAGUGGCAGACAUACUAAGGGCAGAUAACUCCUUCACAAUGGUCAGUGUUGUACACUGUGAGACAAGUUCAGGUGUUAUCAACCCAGCGAUGGAAGUGGGGGCUGCUGUCCGAGAGAUAAUACCAGACUGUGUGUUCUUUGUGGAUGCCAUGAGCAGCUUUGGUGCUGUACCACUGGACAUGAUGGCUGGCUCGGUAGACUUCAUGGUCAGUUCAGCCAACAAAUGUCUACAGGGAAUCCCAGGCUUCUCCUACACUGUGGCCAGGAGACGUGCGCUGGAGAAGUGUAAAGGAAACUCAAGGAGUUUGAGUUUGGAUUUGUAUGACCAGUACCAAGGGCUAGAAGCUACCGGUCAGUUCCGAUUCACUCCGGCCACUCACACAAUGCUGGCCUUCUGUCAGGCGCUGAAGGAGUUUGAUGAGGAAGGUGGUCUCCAGGGAAGAUCUGCCAGAUACAAAGAAAACCGUAGGGUUAUCAGAGAGGGUAUGAGAAAGCUCGGGUUUACAGAAUUCUUAGAUGCCAGUCACGAAGGAUAUAUAAUCACCUCAUACAACUUCCCCAGUCAUCCAAACUUUGACUUCAAAACAUUUUACAGUAAACUAAAUGAGAAAGAUCAGGUGAUAUACCCAGGGAAAGUGUUGAAUUCAGACUGUUUUAGGAUAGGUAACAUUGGAGAUUUGUACCCCAGGGAUAUGUCACACCUACUGGAGUGCAUAGAGCAAGUUUGUGGAGAGAUGGGUAUCCCCCUCCCCCUCCACAGCUGAUAAACAGAGUCUGUUCUUCAUUAUCAUUUAUAAAAUUAACAGGUGUUGACAAUGAUACUAUAUCAAUAGUGGGUGAUUAAAUGAGACUUUAUCAAUGGUGGGUGAUUAAAUGGGAUCUUAACAAUGGUUAGUGAUUAGAUGGGAUCUUAUCAAUGGUGAGUGAUUAAAUGAGAUCUUAUCAAUGGUGGGUGAUUAAAUGGGAUCUUAUCAAUGGUGGGUGGUUAAAUGGGAUCUUAUUAAUGGUGGGUGAUUAAAUGGGAUCUUAUCAAUGAUGGGUGAUUAAAUGGGAUCUUAUCAAUGGUGGGUGAUUAAAUGGGAUCUUAUCAAUGGUGAGUGAUUAAAUGGGAUCUUAUCAAUGGUGGGUGAUUAAAUGGUAUCUUAUCUAUGGUGGGUGAUUAAAUGGGAUCUUAUCAAUGGUGGGUGAUUAAAUGGGAUCUUAUCAAUGGUGGGUGAUAACAUUAGUUGGUAAUGGGUUUAGACUUCAGUUUUUAAUUAACCAAACCAUCUUCAUUGUCCAGACUAAGUGUAAAAGUAUUGGGUUACUUUAUAUAUAAAAGUAUUUAUUUUUUAUUUUAUAAACAUAUUACAUUAUGCUUUAUUACUUAUGUUUAACACGUAAUAAACAGCU